CAAAUACAGUUUGCGUGCGGAGCUCGCCAAGGGCGGUUGAAAUUGUGUGCAGAAACGCUAACCAAGUGCGCGACGCUUAUGUAGUUAUUGCAAAAGCGGGAGCGCUGGAUAUAUAAUAUACUAUAAAAGACAUAUAUACAUACAUACGUGUGUAUGUGUGUGUGUGUGGCAGAUAAAUAAAUAUAAAUUAUUUUGUUGCUUGUGUUUGGUGUAAUUGCAACGGUGUUGCAUAUAAUUUUGCUGUUGCAGUAACAACGAGUUCUACGCCAACAACCCUUUUAAGCAGCAACAAUAACCAAAUUAAAAGGCAUGCAUCUACUUUUAGGCGCAACAGCAUGCAAAAUAAUAAUAAUGCCUACAGACACACUGCGUUGGCAAUAAAACCCAACCAAAGCAAUUAAAAGUUAUAUUUGGAACAACAGCCCACAGGACGGUCUUCAAGUAUUGCCUGUUAUAUGAGUGCACCCUUUGAGAGGCGAGCAGCAAAGCAAAAUGUUAAUCAAGGAGUACCGUAUACCCUUGCCGUUAACGGUGGAGGAGUACCGCAUCGCACAGCUGUAUAUGAUAGCGAAAAAAAGUCGCGAGGAGAGUCAUGGCGAGGGCAGCGGUGUUGAAAUUAUCAUUAAUGAACCCUACAAAGACGGUCCCGGCGGCAAUGGACAGUAUACGAAGAAAAUCUAUCAUGUUGGCAGCCAUUUACCCGGUUGGAUAAAAAGUUUGUUGCCGAAGAGCGCUUUGACGGUGGAGGAAGAGGCGUGGAACGCUUAUCCAUACACACGCACGCGCUACACCUGUCCAUUUGUGGAGAAAUUCUCGCUCGAUAUUGAAACUUAUUAUUUUCCGGAUAACGGUUAUCAGGAUAAUGUGUUCAAAUUGAGCGGCAGCGAUUUGCGUAAUCGUAUUGUGGAUGUCAUCGAUAUAGUGAAGGAUCAACUAUAUGGUGGUGAUUAUGUUAAGGAGGAGGAUCCCAAACUCUUUGUAUCUGAUAAAACCGGACGUGGUCCGUUGGGCGAAGAAUGGCUGGAGGAGUAUUGGCGCGAGGUAAAGGGCAAGAAGCAACCCACCGUACGCAAUAUGUCGCUGAUGUGCGCCUAUAAGAUUUGCCGCGUCGAAUUUCGUUAUUGGGGUAUGCAAACCAAGUUGGAGAAGUUCAUACACGAUGUGGCAUUACGGAAAACAAUGUUGCGCGCACAUCGACAGGCGUGGGCCUGGCAAGACGAGUGGUACGGGCUGACUAUUGAAGAUAUACGUGAGAUUGAGCGACAAACUCAGCUGGCGUUGGCAAAGAAAAUGGGUGGCGGUGAAGAGAGUGAAAGUGAUGUGGAAGAUGCUGACAGCGUGGCGGAUCUGCAUGGUCGACCAAUAACUGGCAGCACGGGCAGUGAGCGUCGAAAGUCAAGUGGCGCGCCACCACCGAUUGUUACCCAAGAGCCGCCAAGCGCUGAAGGUACCUCGGAUGAGGAUGAGGAGGAGGCCGCGCAGGAGGUGAGCGCACGUUCACGCUCGCAGAGCAUACAAUUGACAAAAUCGAAAUUCGGUUCGAAGGGUGCGCUGCACUCACCGGUUGGUUCGGCGCAUAGCUUUGAUUUGCAGCCGCAUGCUAAGAAUGUUCUACAUAAAAACGUUGCAAAUUGGCGUAUGGAGCGGCUGGAAGUGGACACCAAGUCCAACUCUGACGAAGAGUUCUUCGAUUGCGUUGAUACCAAUGAGACCAACUCGCUCGCCAAAUGGAGUUCACUUGAGCUGCUUGGGGAGGGUGACGAUAGUCCGCCACCGAGCAGUGGCAUUGCAUAUAAAGACAGUCAAGAAGACAGUAUUUUCAAUCAAGACUUCCUAAUGCGCGUCGCCUCAGAGCGUGGCAAUAAGCGACAGUUGCGUUCCUCGGCUAGUGUAGAUCGCAGUCAUGACGCAUCGCCGCCGGGUUCGCCAGGCACGCCAUCUUGUUCCACCACCAUACUAAUACUUGUGGUGCAUGCGGGCAGCGUUUUGGACGCCACCAGCGAGCUGACCGCCAAGAAGUCAGACAUUACCACAUUUCGUGGCGCCUUCGAGGGUGUCAUGCGUCAACACUAUCCUAGUCUACUGAGUCAUGUUACCAUCAAAAUGGUACCAUGCCCUUCCAUUUGCACCGAUGCUCUAGGCAUACUCUCUAGUCUUAGUCCAUACUCGUUCGACGCCUCACCGUCGGCGAUCGAUAUACCGAAUAUAGCUGAUGUACCAAUUGGCGCCAUACCAUUGCUAUCGGUGGCAUCACCAGAAUUUCAAGAUACCGUUAAUAAGACAGUGACUGCAGCCAAUAUAGUCUAUCAUGAAUUUGUCAAAUCCGAAGAGGGUCACGGUUUCGCCGGUCAAGUGGUAAUGCUGGGUGAUUCGAUGGGUUCGCUGUUGGCCUAUGAGGCGCUCUGCCGCAGCAAUGGUUCUGAUGGUGGUGGUAGCCGUUCAUCGCGUACCGAUGACGAUGAACGUUUCAACGAUUCCGAUUUGGAUGCUAAGCGUCUGCUGGUAGCACCUUCACCGCGUCGGCGACGCUCCUCGUCGAGUGAUUCGCGUGGCAACAAAUUGGAUUUUGAAGUUGGUGAUUUCUUUAUGUUCGGUUCACCGCUGUCCAUUGUGUUGGCAUCGCGUAAACUGCAUGAUGCCAAGGCGGCGCUGGCACGUCCGAACUGUAAUCAAGUGUACAAUCUAUUCCAUCCUACCGAUCCGAUUGCUUCCCGCUUAGAGCCAUUGCUCAGCGCUAGAUUUUCCAUGUUGGCGCCAGUGAAUGUACCGCGUUAUGCCAAGUAUCCGUUGGGCAAUGGACAGCCGUAUCAUUUACUGGAGGUCAUACAAUCACAUCCACAACAUUUCAGUGAAGCCAACAAUAUUUUGAGCAACAGACGUCUUUCGGAUGCCUCAAUGCAAAGUACUAUUUCUGGUCUCAUUGAAAAUGUAUCGCUAAGUACAAUCCACUCACUUCAAAUGAAAUGGUGGGGCACAAAACGUUUAGACUACGCCUUGUAUUGCCCGGAAGGUUUGAGUAAUUUCCCCGCUCAUGCCUUGCCACAUCUAUUCCACGCCAGUUAUUGGGAGAGCGCCGAUGUCAUAGCGUUCGUUUUACGUCAGAUUGGCAAAUUUGAUGGCAUUCCAUUUGUCGGCUCAGCAGACGACAAAGAAACGGUCACCUUCCAUCCAAGUCAGCCACGUGAGAAAUGGAUGAAGAAACGCACUUCGGUGAAACUGAAAAAUGUCGCCGCCAAUCAUCGAGCCAACGAUGUAAUUGUAUUGGAGGGACGCGAACAGCGUCUUAAUGCACGUUUCAUGUAUGGACCGUUGGAUAUGAUCACGUUGCAUGGCGAAAAAGUCGAUAUACAUCUGAUGAAGGAUCCACCGGCCGGCGAAUGGACAUUCCUAGCCACCGAGUUGACCGAUAAGAACGGUCGCAUCGCAUAUACCAUACCCGAACAAGUAUCGCUAGGCUAUGGCAUCUAUCCGGUGAAAAUGAUUGUACGUGGCGAUCAUACAUCGGUUGACUGUUAUGUCGCCAUAGUGCCGCCGUUGACCGAAUGUGUGGUCUUUAGUAUUGAUGGUUCCUUUACGGCGUCCAUGUCGGUGACGGGACGUGAUCCAAAGGUACGCGCUGGCGCGGUUGAUGUUUGUCGCCAUUGGCAAGAGUUGGGCUAUCUGUUGAUCUACAUUACGGGACGUCCAGAUAUGCAACAACAACGUGUGGUAUCCUGGUUGAGCCAGCACAAUUUCCCACAUGGUCUGAUCUCUUUCGCCGACGGUUUACUCACCGAUCCGCUGGGUCACAAGACAGCUUAUUUGAAUAAUUUAGUGCAAAAUCAUGGAAUCUCAAUUGUGGCUGCUUACGGUAGCAGCAAAGACAUAACGGUGUAUGCGAAUGUGGGCUUGCGAGCCGAACAGAUAUUUAUUGUGGGCAAAGUGAGCAAAAAAUUACAAUCGAACGCCACAGUACUGAGCGAUGGUUAUGCCGCUCAUUUGGCCGGUCUGCAAGUGGUGGGUGGCUCGCGUCCCGCCAAAGGUAAUGCGCGCAUGGUAAUACCACGUGGUUGCUUCAAUUUGCCCGGACAGGCUUCGAAUCCCCGUCGCAGAAGGCUGCAUGAGCAAGCGGAUGCUUUAAUGUAAACUGCGUAUGACACACCUUAAUCACGCAUUCACCAACAAACAAUAGUUUGCGAAAUGGAUUUUCAGAAAGUACUAACAAAAAAAUUAACCAAAAAAACCACAAACAAAGCAACAAGCAAAUAAAUCAAAACACAAUAAAAAUGCAACGAAACUGGACUAUCAUCACCCAUACGAAGUGGCUAUCUGAAGCGGAAAACCUAUCUGAAUCUACACUAAAAUAAUUAGAGAAAAGAGUAAGAAGAAAGAGUAAGCAGAAAGAUGAAUUGCAAUAGUUGCGCAUGCGCGAACACAGCUUGCAGAGUAAAAGGCAGCAAAAACUAAUUGUAAUUGCAUAGAGUAACGUCCAACAUUGCCGAGCUGCCAAUGGAAAGCCAAAGAGAACAAUAACAAAGAUAAAGUGAAACAAAAGAAAUGUCAAAAAGUCGCUCUCAUCAACGACGCCUCUACUUUUCCGCCCGCACGCAUGUCACAAGUCUAACCAAAAACGCUUUAGCGGCAUUUAGCUUAGACCUAAUGAAACUAGAAACGAGUAAUAUUAAUGCCCCUCCACAAUUACGAAGAGCAUCAUUAGAGCUUAGUCUUAGUCAACGCAGCAGUUUAGUGCUCAUUUAGUGUACUUACUAUAUACAAAAGUCAGAAGGGAGUCAAAAAGGAUGCGUAGCAGAAAUCACAAAAAACAAAAACCAAAUAAAGCUUAACUAUCUACUAUGCAUAGCUAUACAACUACAAUACAUAAAGUAUAUAAGUAAAUAUAUAUACCAUAUAUAUAUAUAGUAUAUAUAUGAAGAGAACGGCUUCACUUAGUGCGCAGAGAUUUAGUGUAAAAUUGUGAUGAAGCGUAAGGGGGUACAGACAGCACUGUAUGUACACUAACCCACCCACUCAUUUGCGACUACUUAGUGCAGCGCAUUGCUACUAGUACUAAAACAGUAACAGCAAUGCAAAUAAUGCAAAGAAAUGUUAGAACAAGAAAACAAAAAUUUACGAAAUUACGCCUAAUGUGUCACGAGAAAAUGCAUUGAAAGACUACUUUGUAUUUGCAUCUUAUAGGUACCUGGCUAGAAAGACUGUUUCCUCCUGUUGUAUGAUGGUGUUUCAAUCUACCUAAAUAAUAAAUGUAUGUAUGUUAAAUGGAUUUAAACAAACUAAAAACAAAAAAAAAAUUGUAAAUUGCGAACAAUUUGAGCAAAGAACAAAAUGAAAAAUAAAAAUAUUGCUUCAAAAAGUAUUUUUGAGAAAUUAAAGUUAUAAAUUUUAAAGCAAAACAAAAAGAAAAAAUGUGCAGAGAAGCGUACAUACAUAUUUACAUAAAUACAUACAUAUAAAUGUAACUGAAAUGUAGUAUUAAAAAAGCAAAAAAAAAAACAAAAUACAUACUCACAUACCUACAUGUAAUAUACAUACAUACACACAAAACAUAUGACAAAGAACAAAGUUCAAAUUGUAUUUAUUAGACUAUAUAUACUAUAUAUAUAAAUAAAGUCACUCAAAUUAACUAAGUACAUACAUAAAGCUAAAUUUAAUUGGAUAUUUCUAAAAAAAAAAUAUUUGAAAAAAAUAUAUAAAUUUAUAUGAGUCAACUAAACUGUGAAACAAAUUACGCUAAAGAAAAUAUCUACAAAAAAAACUUGAAAAAGGCAAAAACAAUCUAAAAGCGAUUUAAACGCUACAUUUUAUUAUACAUACAUGCAUAUAUACUUUGUUGUAAAUUUAAAGAAAAAUACAAUUAAAUAUUUCCAUUAAAAAAAAGCUACAAACCUACAAUGCUUGCGAUGUCUUCGAAAACUUCCAUUUAAGGAAAACUGUCGACGCAUAUGUGUUUAAUCAAAAGCUGAAGUGAAAAAAAAUUUGAACUAGGCUGUUUAAGCAAAUACAUAUAUAAAAAUCACAAAAGAUAAAAAAAAAUAUUUUUCUUUUUUCAAAAACUCAACUACAUAUUUACAUACGCAAUUCAAUUAAAAUUUAGCAAAAAUAAAAAAAAAAAAACUUUAUGACUAAACUAAAAAGCAUGUUACUAUUAGAUCUCUCUUUCAUCGUGAUAGCGUUCGAAAAGCAUUUUGCAUUUAUGUGUGUGUUUAAGGUAUAAAACAAAAAAUAAAAAAAUAAAAAUAAAAAUAAAAGAAAAGAAAA